AUGACUCGUCGUGACAUGAGUAGAGAGGCCAUGAAGGCCAAACAGUCCGCCAUUAUCAACCACCUUCAGCAGCUCCGGCAAGCCCUCACCUCCGUCAGAACUCCCAACUUUGAGAUUGAUGAGCUCUCUGAGAUGGGUCUGAAAGCCAUCAGGGUUGAAUUAGCGCCAGAUAAGGAGGUUUUAGAGUUUAAUCCAUGUUUUUUCCUGCCCCAGCCUACAUCCCUGUGGGAGUGUCCCAUUAUUGAGGACGACAGGAUACCUGAUCUCGAGCGGGAGCGCACCGAUGAAACGACAAGGGCAAAAAGUCCAGAGGAAGCAGCUCGGAAGGAAUAUUCAUGGAAGGCGGAGUUUUCACGUCUCACUCGGCACAUUGACUUCCAGAUGGUUUGCAGUCGCUCUGGGAUUUAUACCCCUUUCGGGGCUUUGGCAGAACUCUCAUCACUGCGGCACUCGUGGGAUUUCUUUCCAGACGUGGAGGGCCGUGUUUCUAUCGACCCAGGGGACAGGAUUGGGGAUGGGUCCUGGUACAUAAGGGAAGCCUACCUCGACAACUCCAAGUUCGAAGACGAAUCUGCUGCAAAGCCCCACGCAAUGAUCAUACUCUACGCUCACUAUCGUGGGAACGACACGAGCCUCACCCAUGCUGAAGUCUGUGGGCUCCUCCAUCAUAUGUAUCACUGGUAUGAUCUGGAAUUUGAACAGCAUGCGAUGGGUCCCGUGAGUAUACGCCUUCUUUACUGA